AUGGAGCUGGUCCAGGACGCCACCCGCCCGCCGCUGACGUAUGUGAAGGGGAUCCCUCUCAUCAAGUACUUCGCCGAGGCACUCGGGCCCCUGCAGAGCUUACAGCCCUUGCCCGAUGACGUGCUCGUCAGCACCUACCCCAAGUCUGGCACCACCUGGGUGAGUGAGAUUCUGGACAUGAUCUACCACGGUGGCGACUUGAAGAAGUGCCAGAGGGCUCCCAUCUUAACCCGCGUGCCCUUCCUUGAGUUCAAGGGUCCGGGGUGCCCCACAGGUAUGGAGGUUCUGAACAAUACACCUGCCCCGCGGCUCCUCAAGACACACUUACCCCUGGCUCUGGUCCCACAGGGCCUGCUGGACCAGAAAGUCAAGGUGAUCUAUGUGGCCCGGAACGCAAAGGAUGUGGCCGUCUCCUAUUACCACUUCUACCGCAUGGCCAAGGUGCACCCUGAGCCCGGCACCUGGGACAACUUCCUGGAGAAGUUCAUGGCUGGGGAAGUGUCCUAUGGGUCCUGGUACGAGCACGUGCAGGAGUGGUGGGAGCUGAGGCGCUCCCACCCUGUUCUCUACCUCUUCUACGAGGACAUGCAGGAGAACCCCAAAAGGGAGAUUCGGAAGAUUCUGGAGUUCCUGGGACGCUCCCUGCCAGAGGAGACCGUGGAUCACAUUGUGCGGCACACGUCGUUCAAGGAGAUGAAGAAGAACCCCAUGGCUAACUACAGCACCUUGCCCGUGGAGUUAAUGGAUCACAGCAUUUCCGCCUUCAUGAGGAAAGGCAUCACGGGGGACUGGAAAACCAUGUUCACUGUGGCCCAGAACGAGCGCUUUGAUGCCCACUACGCUGAGAAGAUGGCGGGCUGCGACCUCAAGUUCCACUCAGCACUGUGA